AUGAAUAAAACAGUUGACAUUGAUAUUCAUAAACGGACUUUGUGGUUUCAAGAAAUAAGUCCUGCAACAACGCAAAAAUCAUUAGAAAGGUUUUUGUCAGAAUAUCGAAUUGAAAAAUGUACGGUACCACUAGAUAAUUAUGGUCAUAAUAAACAUUAUGGAUUUGUAUUAUUUGCCAAAGAAUCAAGCACUAUCGAUCUCAUGUCCAGAGGAAAACUCAUCAUUGAUGAUCAAGUAGUUUUUAUUCAUCGUUGUGUUCCUGACAUAAAAUCAUCGAAAUACAACCGUGACAUCAAAACAUUGAUCGUUACGAGCACUGAAAGUCAGUCAUUGCAAAAAUCUGACUUGGAAAAGUAUUUUAGUCGAUACGGCGACAUUGACUUUAUAAAUGAUAAUGGCAAUGCUGCUGUAAUUCACUUCAAACAUUAUGAUUUUGUGGAUCUUGCUUUGCUGGAUAGACCACACAUAAUAAACAGAGUUCCUGUUAGCAUUGAGAAAGGUGAUCGAGAUUUAUCUACUAGUGGUUUGAAUUCGAAUGAAAACUACCCGACAACAAAUAAUUUUACUACAGCUACCAAUAACUUGAAUAUGAAAUUUGCAACUGAUCUACAUAUAUCACCACCUUAUCCUCAAGAGGUGAAAUAUUGUAUUCACAUAAAGAAUUUGCCAAUGAGUAUUGAUGCUGAAACGUUAUCCAUCGCAUUGAAUUGGUCUAUCAAUGAUAUUGUCAUGAAACAAUCUAUUGAUGGUCAAUCUUCAUCAACUGAAUGUUGGUUAAAAGGUCUAGAUGAUCAAGAAAAAAUCAAUAAAUUUAUACUUAAUUCGAAACAACGAACGAUUCAUGAAUCAAUCAUUCAAUGGGAAAAAGAAGAAGAUAAAAUGGAUUUGUGUGAAUAUUUUCGUACCGGCCGAUGUGAAAGAUUUGAUGAUGAAUGUCAUUGGCUACAUGUGAAAUGUACGAAGAAUGAUACAUGCUCAACAGACUGUCCAUACGGUCAUGCAAAAGGAAUUAAAUCAGAACACUCAACUCUAAAUAAUGUUCGCACGACUUAUUAUAUUAUAAUCAGUGGUUUCGAAACAAAGUUAACACGAAAAGGUUUAGCUCAAUUAUUACAGGAACCAGAAAAAUAUUUUUAUAUCGAUGAAAAAGAGAAUCACGUUGAUUACAUUAGUAUUGCAAUAUCAUUCAAAAUUGCUAAAACAUUUAUGAAAAAGUGGCACGAUCAAUGCAUUGGUGGCCAUAAAUUGAAAUGUCAACUAGAAAUAGACCGCAAAUCAUCUACGCAUCGUACUCUGUCAACAUCAAGACAGUCAUAUAACGAUAACGAAAGCGACAACGAUUCCCGUUAUCAUUGGAGUUAUCGUUCAAGUAAUAAUUGUAGCAGACAAAGCAGUCGAUGCUCAAGCAUCUCGAGAGAUAGUGGCCAAGUUUUUAAUGAUAAGGAAACAUUACAGAAAGAUGAUACCAAGCGAACCAUAAUAGGCUCAACAGGAUUUGACGAACCAUCAUCGAAUGCAAAACAAAGUGUGUCGAGAAGUGUAUCAUCUGAUGAAUGGGAAAUUAUCCAACAAGUAUCAGGUAGUGGUAAAAAAGCAUCGUUGAUUCGUAGAAAAUCAGAUCGAAAAUUGACCGCCGUUAAAAAACUUUAUAAAAAUGAAUCUACAGGAGAUUGCUAUCGAGAAUUAACGGCACUCAAAAUGUUGAAAGGAGUACCAGGUGUUGUUCAAUUAAUUGAACCAGAAGAUGAAUCAAACAACUUUGAAAGAGACGCUGGUGGAGAAGUCGACUUGUGGAUUAUCUUGCAGCGGGCACCGACAAAUUCCUUAAAGAAAUUUAUGGAUCAAAAAAGAGGAAAAUAUGGCCACGAUAUUGAAGUAUCAAGUGCUAUAAAAUUUGUUCAAAACUUAAUAGGUAUUGUCAAACAAGUGCAUUCCCGUGGUAUACUACAUCAAAAUAUCGAGCCUGAAAAUAUCGUAAUUAAGUACGAAUUAAAAAAUCAACCUAUUGAUAAAGUCAAUUUGACAUUGCUGAAUUUUACUCAAGCUUAUAUAAAAUCGAAUGAAUUGACUCAUAUCAAUCAUGACGAAGGAAAUCAUUGGUAUCAGUCACCGCAAGCAUAUAUUCAAUCGUUCAAGAAUAGUGCCAUAAAUGAUGCAUCGGCUAUUGUUGCUAUUCUUCUCUGGUUAUUGACGGAUGAAAUUCCUCAACAUCAUGGAAAUAUACUCCCUCAUCAUCUACUUGAAAUACAUAGCAGAAUUGAUCGAAAAAUUUCAAAUGCUGUCGACUUUACAAAUCGCAACCAAUUGAAAACAUAUGUAAUUGAUACAUUCAAUCGUGCUUUUGGUUUCCCCAAUUAUGAACCGUGGACAAUCGAAGAGUUAGACUGUCGAAUCGAGUCAAUUUUGGAAUUAUUAAUAUCGAGCGAUUCAAAGCGAAACACAAUUGAAAAUAUUUUCCAGGAUUUACUUCAUUUGGCAACAUUACCUAAGCUCAUGUCAACAGCAAGCGAUCAUCCUCCUGCUAUUCAAAAAGCUGCCGAUGCAUUUGCUCAGGCUAAACAAGAAUUCUAUAAAUCAAAUCAGGAUCGAUAUGUAUGGUACGAUGGGUAUUGCACAUGGCUGCAUAAUAAACAAAAUUCAGUCGAUGAAUAUCGGCAUGAUGAUAUUCUAACAUAUUAUUGGCGUAACCAAAAUUAUUCUAUUAUAACUAUAUGUUUCGCAAGUAUCAACGAUGAAGGUAGAGUUAUAACAUUAUCAAUCGGCAGUACUGUUCAGGGUAAAAUGAUUCGAAUUCCACUUGGACAGUAUUCGAUUGCUCAGGAUUAUGUCAAAGAAUUACAAGAAACUUUCACUAUGGAACUUAGGAAUCUUCUUCUAUCAAUAUAUAAUAAACAGAAAAGUGGUGCAACAGUAAAAACAAGAUCUUAA